CGAACGCCCGCAACACAACGCGGGAAACGCCGUUGUGUUGUUUUCCACCGCGGAGCAACCACCGGGCUAAUCCUCAAUUUAGGGGUUAGUGUUACUACCUGACAGAUGUUCACCUGUCCGUUUUUGUGUGCCGCUCUCUGACCGGAGAGAGUUUGUCCUCGAACGGGACCCCUUGGUUUGGUUGUAGCCUGGACCGCAUGACGAAACCCGGAGAAGCGGGUAAUUGUAGGUCGGUCCCCGCGCUGCUUAAUGCUUGUAGCCUCCGAGAAGACGUUAGCUCCGAAACAAAGAAAGAGGUCCGGUCCGAUUCUGGUGGGAAAUGGAUACGUUUCAGAAAGUGGAAAAGAUCGGAGAAGGGACGUAUGGAGUGGUUUACAAAGCUAAAAACAAACUGACCGGAGAAACGGUUGCGCUGAAGAAAAUCCGACUGGAUACAGAAACAGAGGGCGUACCAAGCACAGCGAUUCGAGAAAUUUCACUUCUUAAAGAACUCAGUCAUCCAAAUAUUGUCAAGUUGCAGGAUGUGAUUCACACAGAAAACAAACUCUAUCUGGUUUUUGAGUUCCUCCAUCAGGACCUCAAAAAAUUCAUGGACUCUUCCUCUGUGACUGGCAUCCCGCUGGCUUUGGUGAAGAGUUAUCUCUUCCAGUUGCUGCAAGGCCUGGCUUUCUGCCACUCUCACAGAGUUCUUCAUCGGGACCUGAAGCCCCAAAACCUCCUCAUCAACGCCCAGGGUGAGAUCAAACUGGCAGACUUCGGUCUGGCGAGAGCUUUUGGAGUGCCGGUCCGCACCUACACUCAUGAGGUGGUAACACUUUGGUACAGAGCCCCAGAAAUCCUCCUCGGCUGCAAAUACUACUCCACAGCUGUCGAUGUCUGGAGUUUGGGGUGCAUCUUCGCUGAAAUGAUCACCAGGAGGGCUUUGUUUCCCGGAGACUCUGAGAUCGAUCAGUUAUUCAGGAUCUUUCGCACGCUGGGCACACCUGACGAAACGGCGUGGCCCGGAGUCACAUCCAUGCCCGACUACAAGCCCUCCUUCCCCAAAUGGGCUCGUCAGGAUUUAUCCAAAGUGGUUCCGCUUCUAGACGAAGAUGGAAGAGAGUUGCUCGGAGAAAUGCUGAAAUAUGACCCAAACAAAAGGCUUUCUGCAAAAAAUGCACUUGUACAUCGCUUUUUCCGAGACGUGACCAUGCCCGUGCCUAACCUCCGACUGUGAGGCAUAUCUGCACGCCACGCCGGAAUUAAGUCUGAGCAAUAAAGGCCGCCUUGCUCCACCACUUACCCGUCUGAAAUGGAAGUUAGACGAUGCAGGAGACGGUGGAUUAUUGAGUAACGUGUUGCUGUUAUUUAAUCUGCAUUGUUGUAAUCUAUGUGGGGGUUCAACUGUAAUUUUCAUGAUUCGUUCUUGACUACGUACAUGUAGCUGGAUCGGGAUUCAGGAUUCAUUUGGUAAAAGCUGUUGCUCUACAUCUCUAAAUUCCAAUCCCAUCUUGUGUUAAGGAUGUUCAAGUUUUCUGUUGGGCAGAGUUAAAAAUGACUGAACAAAGUGGGGGGGGGGGGGGGGGGGGAUGCAAAUAACUAAGGUGUUUUGAACACCCGAACACAGAAAUGAGCUUCUGAAGGAUCCUGGAUCGCUCCCCAAACUCAAGUUCCGAUGUACAAACAUUCUGUUAUUUGAAUUUUUAUGAAACUGAAUGCUUGUGGAUCUUAAGUGAGAUUUUAUCAGUGCCUAAAUAGCAUUUUUAUAGAUAUUGUUUAUAUGCAGUUUGGAAAAAAAAUAAACUGGUUUAAGUAAAA